CUUAUUCAAAUAUUUUUCAAGAGACAGAUUCAGUCUUCAUUUCCCAUAAGAUACAACCAGCUACUCCUACAAGCUAAAACUACAACCCCAUCAAAUAUAGCAAUUCCAAGCCUUGGUUUUUAGUCACCAUCCGCUUGUUUUUCAUGGGUUCCUUCUAGUUUUCGCAUUUGGGUUUUGGAAUGUGUGCUUCAUUUGAUUUCUUGGUGAAUUUUUUGUGGGUUUCUGGAGACACAGAGCUAGGGCACCAAAUAUAACAUUUUCAAGACGGGUUUCGAUCACUUUCCACUGUUGGUGUUGGUGAUGAAGUAUUGAAGUGGGUGUGAAAAGUGGCAAAAGUUUUAGAGGGGAAAAAAAUGGUGGGCACUGCGAGAAAUGGGAGAGUCCGACACGCGUUUUCAGUGGUAAAUGGGGGACAAGACUUGGGUCCGAGUAGCGCUCCGGCGAGUAAUGCGGGUUCGGAGUGUGAUGGUAUUGAAUUUACCAGAGAGGAUGUUGAAGCAUUGUUGAAUGAGAGACCCAGAAGGAAGGACAGGUUCAAUCUCAAGGAAAAAUGUGACACUCUGACUGAGUAUAUUAAAAGGCUGAAACUUUGUAUAAAAUGGUUCCAAGAGCUUGAAGGAAGCUACCUGUUUGAGCGCGAGAAGUUACAGAAUAGUGUUGAAAUGUCAGAGCGGCAAUGCAAUGAAAUGGGGAUCUUAUUCAAAAACAAGGAAGAAGAAUUGAAUUCAAUCAUUGUGGAGCUGAGAAAAAGUUUUGCUUCUGUACAAGAGAAAUUUACAAAAGAAGAAUUGGAUAAGAUGACUGCAAUGGAAUCUCUCACUAGAGAAAGGGAGGCUAGGCUUGAAAUUGAGCGAUCGCAAAAUUGCCUCUCGGAUGAGCUUGGGAGAGUCCAAAGAGAGCUCUCAAGUGCUAAUCAGAAGAUAACUUCACUGAAUGAUAUGUACAAACGAUUGCAAGACUACAUUGCAAGCUUGCAACAAUAUAAUAGUAAACUGCACAUGGACCUCUCUACAGUUGAGGAAGACCUUAAGCGAGUAGAGAAGGAAAAGGCUAGUAUGGUGGAGAACCUGAGCAUGUUAAGGGGUCAACUUUCAGUGACCAGGCAAUCUCAAGAUGAUGCUAUAAAGCAGAGGGAUUCCUUGGUAAAUGAAGUUGCAUGCCUUCGGAUGGAGUUGCAACAAGUGAGAGAUGAUCGUGAUCGACAUCAACUCCAAGUGCAGACUCUAACAGCUGAAUAUACCAAGUAUAAAGAGUCGACGGAAAAAUCUUGUUUUGAGUUGGAUAACCUCACAUCAAAAAAGGACGAACUGGAGGAAAGAUGUCUGUCACAAAGUAACGAGAUAAGGACUUUGAAGGACCAACUACUGACUGCAGAGGGGAAACUGCAGAUGUCCGACUUAUCUACACUGGAAACAAGAGCAGAAUAUGAAGGGCAAAAGAAACUUAUAAGUGAGUUACAAACUCGCCUGGCAGAUGCAGAAUUUAAGCUUAUUGAUGGAGAGAUGCUGCGUAAAAAGUUGCACAAUACCAUCUUGGAACUGAAAGGGAACAUCCGCGUAUUCUGUAGAGUGCGACCUCUGUUGGCUGAUGAUGGUCCUAGCACAGAAGGGAAGGUUAUCUCUUAUCCAACAGCAAUGGAUGCUCUCGGACGGGGCAUUGAUUUAGUGCAAACUGGGCAAAAACAUUCUUUCACAUUUGACAAAGUUUUUAUGCCUGAUGUAUCACAAGAAGAUGUAUUUGAAGACAUUUCGCAGCUUGUACAAAGUGCUCUUGAUGGUUAUAAGGUUUGUAUUUUUGCCUAUGGACAAACAGGAUCAGGGAAAACCUAUACCAUGAUGGGUAACCCAGGAGAUCCAGAGGAAAAAGGGCUGAUACCCCGUUCACUAGAACAAAUUUUUAAAACCAGACAAUCACUUCAACCACAAGGUUGGAAAUAUGAAAUGCAGGUGUCGAUGUUGGAAAUAUAUAAUGAAACUAUUCGUGAUCUAUUAUCACCAAAUCGAUCAUCUUCAGAUAUGUUACGAACAGAAAAUGGUAUUGGUGGAAAGCAAUAUACGAUCAAACAUGAUGCAAAUGGAAACACUCAUGUAUCUGAUCUUACCAUUGUGGAUGUGCGCACUGCUAAAGAGGUCUCAUUUCUCUUAGAGCGGGCUGCACAUAGCAGGUCUGUAGGCAAAACCCAAAUGAACGAGCAAUCGUCAAGAAGCCAUUUUGUCUUCACACUACGCAUAUCUGGUGUCAAUGAGAGUACCGAACAACAAGUACAAGGUGUCCUGAAUCUUAUUGAUCUUGCCGGGAGUGAACGACUUUCUAAAAGUGGGUCAACUGGGGACCGACUGAAAGAAACUCAAGCCAUCAACAAAAGCCUCUCAUCUUUAAGUGACGUAAUAUUUGCCUUGGCAAAGAAGGAGGACCACGUACCAUUUCGGAACUCAAAGCUUACAUAUCUUCUUCAGCCAUGCCUAGGAGGAGACUCAAAGACAUUGAUGGUCGUAAACAUCUCUCCUGAGCCCUCUUCAGCGGGUGAAUCACUCUGUUCACUUCGUUUUGCUUCACGAGUAAAUGCUUGCGAUAUUGGAAUUCCACGACGUCAGACCAAUAUGCGGCUUCCAGAUUCACGUUUGAGCUACGGUUGAUCUUUGAUCGAAGGUUUCUUUUUUAUUUGAAGUAACCAGUGAUUUGUAUCUGCACCACUCGUAUCAUAAAGUGAAAAUUUGGGAGUGAUUCUAACGUAGGCUUAUCUGUAUAGUGAAGAUAGUGUAUUUGUAUAACUAAGCUGAGAGAAUUUUCUAUUCUAACUAGUGAUUGUAUUGAGCUUGAUUUCUCAAUAACAUUUUCCUCCUUAAUCUUCUAAA